AUGGAUAAAAACGCUCAAAAAACAUUGAUAACUUGGAAAAGAGUUUUUAUCUUAUUAAGGUUUGGACCAAUGGAAGAACGAUCGUACACAAUUCAAAAUCGAGUUUCAGAAGUAAAUUUGCCCGUCAAUAAUCGCCGUUUAACUGAAAAACAUCAUGAGAGAAAAUGUUGGUUGAAAGUACCAACGAUAAAUCUAAAUUUACUUUAG